ACUGGCAAUAUUUGUUAAACAAUUUCAGCGUAAGCUGUCACCGACAUGGGCAGUGAGCACUACUGCUUGAGGUGGAACAAUCAUCAAUCCAACCUGUUAGGGGUGUUUAGUCAAUUACUACAGGACGAGAGUCUGGUGGACGUCACAUUAGCUUGUUCAGAGGGCGCUCCCAUCAGAGCCCAUAAGGUGGUCCUCUCGGCCUGUUCAUCAUAUUUCCAGAGCCUAUUUCUGGACCACCCCGAAAAACAUCCAAUUGUGAUACUAAAGGACGUCCGUUUUGCCGAACUGCAAACAUUAGUAGAAUUCAUGUAUAAAGGCGAAGUAAACGUGCAAUAUUGUCAGUUAUCGGCAUUGCUGAAAACGGCCGAGUCUUUAAAGGUUAAGGGUUUAGCAGAAAUGACAAAUCAGAAUACAACUCUAAGAGAACCAGAACGUGAACCCGAACGUCUACGACCUCAUUCACAGCCCUGUAAACGUAGUAACUCUUGUGACAGUCCAGUCGAUGCUACGCUCUCCGGACCCUCAACAUCGGGCGCAACAUCAUCAGCCGCCGCCGCAGCAGCAGCAGCCUCAUCAACGCAGCAUGCAGCUGCGUUGGCAGCCUCAGCACUAACAUCAGCAUCAAAUGCCGCCUCUUCAACAUCUGCCACAACAAAUGCUACAACAUGCACAAUUGCCCCCUCAGCCACCUCUUUAGUAGCGGCUGCAUUCAGCAGCAGUAGCAGUCUCAGCAGUCAUCUAGCCAGCUCAGUGAGUGCGAAGCGAGAACAUGCAAGUGAACGCUGCAGUCCCUCACCACCAAAGCGAUUAUUGCAUGGUAAACAUGAACAAGACACCACACUACUACCCUUAGAUCUCUAUCAAAGACGUUUAGAACAACAUCAGCAACAGGAAGACACCAAGGAAAAUGCAAUUGUAAAUAAUAAUAAUACAAAUGAGAAACAAAGAAGUACAACACCCCACACAGCAAGCGGGACCAUACAAAAGCAUAGUAACACUAGUGAAGGUGGUGGUGGUGGAGGCAGCGGAAGCAGCGCCAGUGGAGAAGGUAACAAGAAACGCGAUGAUUUAGAAAGAGAUUCAGCGAGAAGUUUUAAUUCACCCGAUCGAUUAGCAAGACACGAUGUAAAUAGACCCAUUGAUGAGACAAUGGGUGGUGAAGGUAUGUCGGGUGGUGUGGAGAAAAUCGAAGAUGUUGAAGAUGUCGAAUAUGGAGACGAAGAAAUGGAAUUGGAUGAUGAUGGCGAUAACAAUUCGGAAGAUGUUUGUUUAAAUAUGAAAAUACGUAGCAGUAGUUUAGCGGCCGCUUUAGUUAGUCCCCAAUUGACAGCAGCGCAAAGGGGUUUAGAUAGUUCUGGUCAUGGUGGCAGUGGUGUCGGUGGCACUGAAGGUGGUGUAGAUUCUGCACGUUCUACCCCCUUGACCACAACGAUACCGUUGGCUUUCGAUACCCACUCACAACGUCCAGCUUCACGUAGUUCAAGAGAAGGUUCAGGUUUAGAUCGUCCCAGCAGUAGGGGUGGUCUAAGCAGUUUGCCCUCUACCUCAGCUAGUGCUAUGGCUGGUGGUUUAAGUCCGGCCUCAUCAACGGCGGCAGCUUUAGGCCUACAUAGUGAUACCGUGCCGGGACCUUCGGGUUUAGGACCAGUGCAGUCGGUGCCUUUGUCUCUCAAAAAAGAAAUCGAUUGCAGUGAAGACGAUAACAGCAAUAGCCGCCAUCAUCUGCAGCCUCGUUCGGCUUCGGCCAGCGGUGUUUUAGGCGGCGAACUCGAUUAUCGUACUCCUCAUGAAUCGGUAAGUUAUGCUAAAACUUUUGUUUAUUUUUUUCUUUUCUUUAUAACACACUAUUUUUGCUAA